AUGUUUGGAUCCAAAGCAAGACCACUCAACCAUUUGCAGCGACAACGUAUUACUUCCAAUCUGUUUGUUAUGGUUGCCUUGGGUGCCGUGGCAACAGUGGCAGCACCUACCGUAUUUCCAUGCCCUGCUUUUGAUCAAAACGACAAAGCUGCACGACUUGAAGCGCGUCGAAAACUCAAGGCUCAACAAGGCAAUACACCCGUGAUUGUCAAGAAGCGACGUACCCCAAAGAGUCAAGAGCAACAACAAGAGCAGCAGCAGCAAGAAGAGUAG